AUGGUGUUUGACUUCGAGGCCUUCGUGGAAGAGCCUUCCCUUGAGGAGUUGAACAAAUGCAAAAAGAAAGACCUCAUAGCACUUGCUGUGCAUUUUAAUAUUUUAUAUUCCAAACAGAGCAGAAAGGACGAGAUCCGGGCGCUGCUUGUGGAUGGCUUGGUGGAGUUGGGCCUGCUCUCGCAACCAGUGGCUUCUGAGGGGACUGAUGAGAGUAUCGUGCCUGCGGGAACCCCAAAGCGGGAGGAGAAACCUGGACCUUCAGAUGGUUCUCCCCCUGGGACAAAGAGAGCGGGCGCGGGGGUUGAUGAACCGCCUAACCCACAGUUCACCCUCCCCCGGUAUGACCCACACUCUCCUCCCACCUCUCCUCGGUCCUUGGAUGCUGCCCGACGCGCUGUGCGCCUGGCCCGCAUUAAAAUGGAAGCUGAGCAGAAGGAACGGGACCGCAGUGCCGAGCUCGAAUUUCAGGUGCGCAAGCUCGAGAUAGAGGCUGACAAAGACGUCAAACUGCGCCGCCUUGAGCUGGAGGCUGAAGGUCGCCUUCCUCCCAGUCCUACUCCCGGCCCUGGACCCACCGCGCAGGCUGCAGCCCACUCCCCAUCCGUUCACGGCGGCGCCCUCGAUCCUGAUCGUCCACGCUCUCCUGGAACCUCCACAAGGGACAGAGUCUGCUUCUACUGCCGCGAGCCCGGACACGUAAUCGCAGACUGCCCUACUCUCAGACAAAAGGAAGAGUAUUCAGCUCCAAACGUUCAGAGCAUUGGGUUAAUUCAAUCUGUAAGUCAUAAGUCAGGACCCAAUACUGUCCAAAACCACGGCUCCUGUUUUGAGCCAUUCGUAUCACAGGGCCUAGUAUCACUGAAUGGCGAAGCACCAGAUCAACGCCCCAUCCGUAUCCUGCGAGACACUGGCGGUUCCCAGAGCUUGAUUUUGGCCAGUGCUCUCCCGUUUUCAUACCGCUCUUACUGUGGUUACAGGAGUGUGUUACGGGGAGUUGAGAUGGGCUACCGCCCGCGCCCCGUUCACUCUGUUCAUGUCCAGUCAAACCUCGUUACAGGAAAGUUUCCGUUAGCUGUUGUCCCUGCGCUACCCAUUGAAAAUGUAGACAUGAUUUUAUGUAAUGAUUUGGCAGGGGGCAUGGUGUUUCCUCCCCUGUUGGAUGCGGUUCUGUCCCCGCUUGUGUGUGCCUCUGAUCGUCAGAUGCCCACGGGUUGUGCUGUGGCGCACACCCGUCCUCCAGAACAGUGCGGUUGUAGUCUGCCCGCCAGUCAAGUGAAACCACGAGUACCGCCGCACUUUACUCCACCCGCCACUUCUGUACGGAAGCACAAGGCUAGGGCCACCAGGCUUCGGUCAGGCGAGCGGCACUUCCAGCACCAUGGAGAGCGUUUUGGCUCUCGCGCUGCAAGUUUCAGUUUGCGGCCUUGA